GUUUUAACACCAUUAUAAAGAACUUCAUUGAGUGAAACACACAAUAUGGACAAUGUACCUACCGAAUAUCAAGAUGGGGUUGAAAGAUAUUUCCAUAUGUAUGCCGAUCCCGACACUGGGUUGGUCAAUGCUGAAGGCUUUAGGUCCAUCUUGCAGUGUCUACGUCUGUGUCCAUCAGAAGCAUUCGUCAAAAGGAUUUUCAAAGAACACGAUAAAGACCCUGAUAAAUCUUACAUCACCAAAGAAGAAUUCGUGUCAUGGAUGAAAGGAAACUGGAGCACAAAAGAGGAGAUCCAGACACAGUUAGUGAGCGCCAUUAAGGAGUUAUACGGUACAGAUGGCAAGGAAUCCGUGGAGGAUGUAAAGAUUUCGGUGGAGGAUCUAAUCUCUACCCUCACGACUGCGGGGGAGGAGCCACUCACGGAAGACGAGGCUGGGAUUGUUAUGGCGGAGUUCAAGAAACUGGACUCAGUCGGGGUCGGAAAAAUUACAGGGCGAGAAUUGAUAGAAUUUUUGCAAGGUGUGAGCAGGAAAGAAAACUCUUCAGUGGAGAGAAGCACUAUUGAACCGGAAGGGACAGAGACGUAAUAGAGGAGAGAAGUUACAGAAUGU